AUGAUUUUCAACAAAGAAGAAGCCAAACCACAUGGUGAAUCCUCCACCGUUCAUUGAUACAAAACCCAACGGGUGCGCCUUCAUUUUCUAAAUUUCAUCUUUUAUAAUAACGGUGUCACUUCAACCCUCUGGCCACAAAAAUCACUACCACUGUUGGCCUUGACAAAAGAGUAAACAUGAACCAUAGCGGUGUGAUCUGAACCAACUUCACUUCACAGCAUAAAGGAUUCAACCAUCUACUCCUAUUCUUCACUCUCUCUCUUUGGUGUAAUUUAAUAUUAAUAGGGACAUCCACUAGUUGUUACCCAAAGCAUCAUUGAUCCUCAAUUAUGUUCGGUUUUGUUCGCAUCUCGGACUAUGCAAUAUGGAUUCGAAUUUCCCUCUUGCUUGUGUCAUUUUUCUGAAUACUCAAUUCAUUCAAGGGCAAAAGUUUUCAGUAGACUUCCAUGGGGAAGUAACAAUCACUUCAUAAUGGAAAUAAGUAUUGCAAGGUCUCAUCUUGAAACACGGGGAGUAUUCUUUUCAAAUAUUUCAAGAACAGUAGCAUGGGAAAGCUCUAAGAAACCUCCAUGCACUGUGGCUGCCUUAAGUUCUACACAGGAUUUUCACAGACUGGCCUCUUCCUGUCAAGCUUUUACUUCGGUGUAUCCUAAAAGGCAUUUAAUCUGUAGACCAAACUCCAUGCCGAUUAGUUUACAGGAAUCUGCAUCCAAUGGAGAUAAUUCACUUGAAGGUGAGAAUCCAUCUAUAGACUCAGAAGAGGAGACUUUGGCACAACCACCUACCCGUGAACAGAUAAUGGCACUGCUUGCUGACGCACAGAGAGAACAACUCACUAAGAAGCUUAGUGAAGCCAACCAGCAAAAUCGGUUUCUAAAAAGACAGUUGAAAGUAAAGGAGGAUGCAUUGGUAAAAUUCAAAAGUGAACUUGGAGUCAUGGAGCUUGAAAUUCAGGCUUUAGCUAGCCUAGCAGAAGAAAUAGCUCAAUGCGGUAUUCCAGAAGGUUCAAGGAAGAUCAAUGGAAAGUACAUUCAUUCUCACCUUGUUGCUAGAUUAGAAGAAUAUACUAAUAAAACCUCACAGCAUUGUGUUGUCAACUUGGCUUCUUUUGUGUCCUUAUCGAUGCAAAUGCCUUGUUUUCCCUACAUAGCUGUACAUGAAAAAUUGAAGGAACAAAUAAAGGAUGUCGAUGCGGCACAAUCAAAGGAGGUUUCCGUGUUUUGGAUUGGCAUGGCUGAGAGCGUGCAAGUUAUGGGAACCUUUGAUGGCUGGAGCCAAGGAGAGCAUCUUUCACCAGAAUAUAAUGGUUCUUACACAAAGUUUUCAACAACAUUGUUGCUCAGGCCAGGAAGGUAUGAAAUCAAAUUCUUAGUAGAUGGUGAAUGGCAGCUGUCUCCAGAAUUCCCCAUCAUUGGUGAAGGGUUGACGAAAAAUAAUUUAUUAGUUGUUGAGUAAUGAUCCAUAUUUUCAUUUCUAGUAAUAGAAUACGCAUAAACUGGAGUGUUAUUUUGUCUAAGUUAUUUAAAUUUUCCUUGUUAUAAAUACCCACCAACACUUUUGACUGUCGGAAAGUGUAUUUAAAUUUUAACUAAUUUUAAAUUUUUAAGUUGCAAUUCUAACCCA